UGUUCUUAUGUUCUUAUCCCUCUACCCUCAGUUGCUUUGUGAUUAAAGCGUCAGAUAAAUUAAGUUAAAUAUUAAUGCCUGUGGGGGCUGUUUUUGCCUCAUUGUCACCCCUCGUGUCUGACAUCUACAGCCCCAGCGGCGACCGCCUGCGCAGCAAGAUCGAGAUGAUCCGACACCUGGCCGGGACCAUGGACCUGUCGUCCUUUGACUUCAAAUCGGGGCUGUUCGUGGACAGGGUGGCAAAGUGUGUCAAGAAACGGGGGCGUCCGAAAAAGGACCGAUCUCCGUCGACUGGUGGUGGUAAUUCUUCCGAGCGCAGCGUCUCCCCUGAGCGGGGGGGCCGUCAGGACCAUUCCUACACCCCCGAGGCGACCCUUGCCCUCCAGAGAGCUGCCCCUAGGUCUCCCCUGCCGCUGAGCAGGUCCCAGCAGGAGAGCGGUGUCGCCUCGCGCACCCACCGCCCUGCCGGCAUGCUGCCCGUUGGCUUCCGCGUCUGCCCUAUCAAUUGGUCGGAACCCGAUCCCUCACUGGCCCCCCUAAGCCUACCCUCCACCCCUGAGGGAGAUGGCGAGCUGAGUUCCGGGUCGCCGUCGUCCUCCGUGGAGCUCUGUCUAUCCACAGAUGUGCCUGGGAACACAGCUAGCUGCUCCCGAUGCGGUGAUCUGCUCACAGGGGGGGACGGGCCACCACUGCAGCCAGGGACAUGCCAUAAGUGCAGGUCUGAGAAGAAGCCAGUUGAGCGUAGAAACAUCAUCUUCAGGAAGUGGCUGCCCUGCGGUCAGUGUCGUGCUUGCCUGGUCACAGAGGAUUGUGGGAACUGUGCCAGCUGCAAGAACGGGUUUCUCAACCCCGAUUCUCGGAAACCCAUUCGGUGCCGGCACCGGAAGUGCUUGUGCCCCAUUCGCAAGAGUCUGGAGGCCCCUAUGAUGGAUGACUACGCCGGGGCUUCAGCAAGCAGGCAAACAGUCAGUGAGGUGAAUUUCCUCCGUGUCUCAUUUGAUAACUCUCUGCAGUUGGCGAUGCUGCUUGCGGGAUAAAACGGAAAUAUCGCCUAACCGUUUAAAAACUCUCGGCAAGUUUUUGUCAUAGAAAUGUAAAAAGCACCACCAGAAACCUUGAACGGUGUACUUUUCAGAUAUAUCGGUAGAAACUAAAUAUAUUUUUAGAGCUUUGUAAGGGGAAUAAAAACAAGUCCCUGACUCAAGUGUCUGAGUCAUGAAGCAGCGCUAAUAAUGAUCCGAUAAUCCCACGGUUGUUACUAGGUCAAGAAAGAUGCGUGAAAACUCCCAUGUCGUCUUGUUUAUGUCGAGCUUCAACUUUUUAUUUUGUGGUGGGGAAAAGAUACAUCCAUUCAAUUCAUGGAAAACUGCAAAUUCAGAUUAGCUGUAACUUUGUAAAUUACAAAAUCUAAUUUUGAUCACUACUAUAAACACUUUAAAAAGAAGGAAAAUAUAUGCAAACAGUUGGUAACAGGCACUUAUUCUUUUAGUGGAUCUCACUAUCUUUGAGAUUUUCCUGAAAGUAUGAGACUACAAAGCAAUCGUUUUCAGGUUGUUUAGCUUGUGUUUCUCAAAAUACUUGUACAAUAGCUUAAAAUAGUAUGGAUUGGAUUUGCUGGUAAUAAGACAUUUGACAUAAAAUUAACUUUCGUAUUAAAAAUACUUGUAUAAUUGACAUAAAUGAUGGACCUUGCGUGUUCACUCUUCAUUCAAAAAUGGAAGGAGCAAAGUUGCGGUGCAGAAACAGCCGGGGGCACGUUUCUCAAAAUCAUCGUUGCUAUUUGUGUUGGCAACGUGCAUAUUUGGAACCAUGCAACAACGGGUCCAGUUACCCAAGUUGCCGACGGGAGAUUUUGGGAAAUGUGCCCCAGUUCAGCAGUAAAAUAUGAGUAAUAUUUUGUGAAUUAUUAUUAUAUAUACAAAACCCCUUGGAAGUGCAAAGCUUGUGACAUCUGCCUUCAACCAGACAGAAACUGUUUUGAAGUUUGGCAUUCUGAUCAGGACUUAUAAUUGAUCGUUCUAUUAUUCACUUAUUGUUUUGUAUUAUUCCAGUAAUGUGAUCACACUUUUUAUUAAUGAACAUUUACUCCAUGGUGUGUUUUAUAAACGGCAAAAAGGCUUCUGUCUCUUCUUUUCUUACAAUUCACACUGACUUUCCAAACUGAUGGGUGUGGGCGGGGUAGUAACAAUGACAUUGCAGAAUGACGGAACAUUGACAGUAUGUAAACUAUUACAGGUGUUCAUUGUGUAGGCCGCUGACUCUGGGGGGAGGGGGGAGUGAGACUUCAAAGUACUGACACUUUAGUAAUCAAACCAUAUGAAAUUUCUGAAUGCUUUGCUCACCAAGGUGUAGCCAACACCUGUGUUUACAAGCUCCAGAGCUGAGAAGUCUUUUAUAAAGCCAGAAAGGUUUAUAAUCUUUAUAAAGGUUUAACGCAUAGCUGUCAAGUCCCCCGUUUUGGCCGGGAAGCUAGCGUAUUUUACCCCUCUUUCCCGCCGUCCUCCCAUAUUAGUAUUUUCCCGUAAAUCUCCCGUAUUCUAAUAUCAUUUAAAAAAAAUUCCUCUGCC